AUGUCGCGAACACUGCCCAAACAGUUUAAUCCGCACGUCCUUCCCGACGCUGCUCCCUGCUACGAGGAGCUUCUUUCACGCCGUCGUCUUGGGAAGACAAACCUCUCCGUCAAGCCUGCCCAGAUUGGCACCUCAAACGCAACCAAGCCAGAGAACCUAGGCGUGUUCGAGUAUGCCCACCUUCGUGCUCCGCUGCCCAAGGACCUCGAGGGCUCUGAGAUCUUCCCUUCCCACAGCCCCCAGCAGCACCCAGAAAGCUACUUUUUGAUGCGCCGUAGUAAAGAUGGGUUUGUCAGUGCCACUGGAAUGUUCAAAAUUGCAUUCCCCUGGGCCAAGGCCGAUGAAGAGCGGACAGAGCGUGAGUAUCUGAAGGCUCGCGAGUACACAAGUGAAGAGGAAGUUGCUGGCAAUGUGUGGAUCUCUCCCAUGUUUGCCCUUGAGCUUGCCAAGGAAUACCAAAUGUACGAGUGGGUGCGAGCACUUUUGGACCCAACGGACAUUGUCCAAAGUCCUUCUAGCGCAAAGAAACAGAUCACUCCCCCGCCGAAAUUCGAAAUUCCCGCCGGUGAGCCGGCCAUUCGGCAACGCUACCGCAGAGGUCGGUCCGCUUCUCCGAGUAAGACGUCUCCUCGGAAGUCCCGCACCACCCGCAUCACCAAGGAUGUCACUAGCACCCCGUCUACAACAGCUGCAAACGCUAGCCUUCAGUCGGCAUUGGACACAGCUUCAGCCCUGUUCUCGAACCCGAUUCCUGAGCUGGCAGCUGUGGAUGCCGAGACGGAAGUGAAGUCAAGCGGAUCUCCUGGAAAGAAUAUCAGAGCGCGCAAGUCAACGAGAUCUGCUACCGCAGAGCCCGAAGAAGAAACCAAGGAGGAGAAGAAGAAGGAAAAGAAGAAGGCCGAGAAGCAAGAGAAGAAGAAAGAAGAAAUCAAGGAGGAACAGGAGGAGACAGUUGAGGUUGCAGUGGCUGACGAUGCUACCGAUGUUGUCAAGUCUACUCACACUACUGUUUCCCUCGAUAUGCCUAUCAGUCUGCCAGAAGUGCCCUCUGCUGCCGAGACUGCCGAGAUGAUUGCUCAGGCUAAGGACAUGGUGGAGGAGGCUAUCAAAGCGCAAGCCGAGGGCGCUACUCCAGAAUCCACAUCUGUCAAGGUGACCAAGAAGCGCAAGCCAGAGGAUGACGAUGAAGAAACAUCGGCCGAAUCUUCCCAGCGAGCCAAGAAAGCCAAGGUGCUCGAGAACAAGCUCAAGCAGGAGCGUGUCCGCAACCGCUCUAUCUUCGGUGUCUCUGUGGCAUUUGCCCUCGCGGCUUCCAUUCCAUACUUUUUCUAA